CCCGGUCUCCCCCUCCCCUCAAACAGCGCAGGAUUCCGAGCGCGAGCGCACAGCGGAGAUGGCAGCCGAGGAGACGCGGGCUCCUGCCUCCGAGCUGGCUCCGGAGCACGGCGGUCACAUUCCAAAGAGGCACGCGCGGGUCACCGUCAAAUACAACCGGAGGGAGCUGCAGAGGAGGCUGGACGUGGAGAAGUGGAUCGAUGAGAGUCUGGACCGGCUGUACCGGGGCCAGGAGGAGGAAAUGCCAGAGGAGGUGAACAUCGACGAGCUGCUUGACCUGCCGAGCGACCGGGAGCGAGCCCAGAGACUACAGGAUCUUCUCCAGAAGUGCAGGAACAGCACAGAGGUUUUCAUCAAGGAGCUCCUGGUAAAGCUGCAUGGAGUUCACAAGCAGAACGAGCUGCAGAGUGAGGGCAUCGAACACCCGGUCAUCUGCCACAGCCACCCUCGCCAUGAGCCCUACCACUUCAACAACCCACCACAGCAGCACUUCCAGCAAACCCGAGGCAAAAACCAGAGCCUCUGAUGGCGCCAGUACCCAUAAUGCACUCACAAACUGUCUGACAUGAAACAAACAGAAGCAGGACAACACGAAGCGCCACUGCACCGCCCCACAGAGCCACGGCACCGCCCCACGGAGCCACGGCACCGCCCCACAGAGCCACGGCACCGCCCAACGGAGCCACGGCACCGCCCCACGGAGCCACGGCACCGCCCCACGGAGCCACGGCACCGCCCCACAGAGCCACGGCACCGCCCAACGGAGCCACGGCACCGCCCCACGGAGCCACGGCACCGCCCCACGGAGCCACGGCACCGCCCCACGGAGCCACGGCACCGCCCCACAGAGCCACGGCACC